AUAGUAUUUUUAAAAAGGAUAAAAAAUCUUUUGCUUCUCUGUGUUCUUUGUUAUUAAAGUAAUAAUAUGACUAAAUGCCCUCAGAGGUCUAGCCUGUUCUUUUGACCUAUUUUUUGGAAUCUACAUAAAUGCUACUGUCAAGUGUCAAGUACCUUCUUCAGCAUUUAAUUACUCCAGAUUCUUUUUGUGUUGCAGUAAUUGGUCAUUAGACAAAGUUAACAAAUUUAGCUUCUGAGGAAGUUAGAAUAAGGUAAGGUGCAAAUUACCCAAGAUUUAUUUCUUCCAACAAAAUCCAGCUCAAGAUUUCAUCAAUUUCUCUCUUUCUUGAGUAGUUUAGAUUUGAAGUGAAAUUGGGUUUCUUGUAAAUGUCAAGAAAUGUGUGUCUAUUUCUUGUAACUCCUCAAUGUAUAUUAGCUGUCCUUUUGUCUUUGUGUGUGUCACCACCAGCACAAGUACUAAAUGCUUCUGUCUGAUUCUUGAAAAAGAUGUGAACUAAAUACUGUCUUUUUAGUAUGUGCAACCAUAGUACCAAAAAUGUCUUGGGAAAAAUAUGUUCUUUUGAACAAUAUUCAUUCAAUUUCAUCUUGUUGUCCUCAGAAAGAAUCCUUUACACCACCACCAUCAUCAACAUCAUCAUCUGGUAAUAAAAUUAGUCCAGCUGUUCUUUUUAUCAUAGUAAUACUAGCAGUCAUAUUUUUUAUUUCUGGUGUGUUACAUUUGUUAGUUAGAUAUUUGAUGAAAAAUAGGUGGUCUUCUUCACAAUCUAACAAUAGAGACCCUGAAAUGUCUGAUUCUGGUGGUGCCUAUCAAAGGCAGUUACAACAACUUUUUCAUUUACAUGAUUCAGGUUUAGAUCAGGCUUUUAUUGAUGCACUUCCUGUGUUUCUUUAUAAAGAAAUUGUUGGUCUGAAAGAGCCAUUUGAUUGUGCUGUUUGUUUAUGUGAGUUUUCGGAGCAAGAUGAAUUGAGGCUGCUACCUUUGUGUAGUCAUGCUUUUCAUAUAAGUUGUAUAGAUACUUGGUUGAUGUCGAACUCAACUUGUCCACUUUGUAGAGGGGUUCUUUUUACACCUGAUUUUUGUAUUGAAAAUCCAAUCUUUUGCUUUGAUGAUUCCAUAAGAGAUGAAUGUGAUGGCGUUGGUGUUGGUGUUUCGCCUGGUCCAAAACCAAAUGAGGAUAUAGAUAGUACUAUAAGUUCAAGAAGGGUGUUUUCUGUGAGACUUGGUAAAUUCAAGAAUACAAACAAUGGUCUUUUGGAAAAUGGGAAAAGGGAAAUGGGAGAGACUAGCAAUAGUAAUUUGGAUUCAAGAAGAUGUUUUUCAAUGGGAUCUUUCCAAUAUGUGGUGGAUGAUUCAGAACUGCAAGUGGCAUUGUGUCCAAAUAGUGGUAAAAAUCAUGGUGUAGAUGGUGGUGGUCAAUUGAUGAGGGGAAUUGUGAAAGGGAAAAGUGGACAAAAUGGAAGUUGUGCAAAUGAUGGAGACAAUUAUGGGAAAAGAAUAAACAUUGGAAAUAGAGGGGAGAGUUUUUCUGUUUCCAAGAUUUGGUUAUGGUCCAAGAAGGAUAAAUUUCAUAAUUCUGCAGACAAUGUAAGUUUGCCAUGGGCUGAUCAUAGGACUCAACCUGUUUGAAGAUAGUUAUACAAAUCGUUUUUUUUUUCUUUUUCUUUAUUUCUUGAAUUACCUUGUAGUUUGGUUAAUUAAAAUUUAUUUGAUUAUUCAGUUGCCAAAGUUGUUUUGGGAGCUUUUGCUUUUC